UUUGUUAUUAAUUUACCACGUGGUGUUUUAGGGGUUAAGUUUGUGCACUUAUGUUAAGUUUUAAAGGGAAUAUGUUAAUAAUCUUAAUUAAUAUAAUUAACAAGCUUAAUAAUAAUGAAAUUAAGAGUCUAGAGUUUAAUAAGCAUUAAUUUUAUUAUUAAUUAAUUAAAUUAUGCCCUUAUUAUAUAGUUUAGGGAUAUAUACUGUUAAAUUUACAAAAUGCCGAUACGUUUAUUGUGAUAAUUCUUACAGAAAGACUCAUUUUGUGCUUGUAAAACAAGAUCAUUUGAUUCAAUUAACUCAUAAAAAAUUAAUAUUGACUUCUAUAUUUGACGUUCCCAAAAAAAUAUAUAAUAUAGCUAGGAUAUCAGUAAGAUAUAUUGGUAUAAUUCUGUUAUUCUGUCCUGUUUUAUUGCUAUAUCCUGUAUCACGUAUAAAUUACAGACUUAAUAAUAUUUGGUGGAGUAUUGUACUUAAUUCAUUGAAUUUAUCUGGACCAGUAUUUAUUAAACUUGGGCAGUGGGCUAGUACAAGGAGAGAUUUGUUUUCGUCUGAAAUAUGCGAUAAAUUAUCUGUCUUGCAACGCCAUACAAAUUCUCACCCUUGGUGUUUUACUGCUCGACAACUGAAAGAAUCGUUCGGAGAUGGGUGGAAUGAUAUUUUCAGUUUUGAAAGUAAAGUUCCUGUUGGUUCUGGUUGUGUUGCACAAGUAUACAAAGCUGAAAUGAAAUGUAACAAUAUUCCUGUAAAUAUAUUGGAGAAGAUUGAAAUUCCUAAUUCUAAAGAUUCUAUAUUUAGUUCAUUGAAAGCAUAUUUUCAUAAAGAAAAUAAAGAAGAAACUUUUAUAAAAGAUGAAAAAGUAGUACCAGUAGCUAUAAAAGUCCUGCAUCCAAAUAUACAUAAAAGAUUUCAUGAAGAUUUAUUAUUGUUUAAAAGUCUUGCUCAAUUAGUUGAAUUUGUUCUUCCUUUUUUAAAAUGGUUGGAUCUCAAUGGAUGUGUAAAAGAAUUCAGUCAUUUUAUGAUUAAUCAAAUGGAUUUGGAACAGGAAGGGAGAAUGUUGGACAAAUUUUCCAAAAACUUUCAAGGAAUUUCUUCAGUAAAAUUUCCUCAACCAGUUUGGCCUUAUGUUAAAAGAGAAGUUUUAGUAGAAACAUGGGAG